AAACUCUGUGAUAAACAUGAAGAGUGCAUUUUUGGAUUGAAGAACGUUAAGCUGACAAAAAAGUUUUUCUCUUUUCUUUUUUAAAUAUAUAUAUAUAUUUUUUUUUUCCUACAACUAUGGGUGGGUUUUGCUUAUACCCACUUUCAGCUUUGGUGUGUUUGAGCAUUUGAAUCUGUAAAAGGUUUCACCUUUUCACCUUUUGCGUUGUAAUUCAUCGCCAGCUGGUACAGUGCAGAUUCGAGAAUUGUGAAUUAAGGAAGAGGGUGUUUGAGGAUUCGGUUGUUUUUUAGAUUUGCGUAACUGGGGCUUGGUGCUUGCGCCUGAUGGAUGAAGUUCAGGGAAGUUCAAGUUCCUUACCUCCAUUUCUCACAAAGACAUAUGAGAUGGUGGAUGAUCCUUCCACCAAUUCCAUUGUAUCAUGGAGUGACAGCAGCAGGAGUUUUGUUGUUUGGAAUCCACCAGAGUUUGCAAGGGUCUUGUUACCAAAAUUCUUUAAGCACAAUAACUUCUCAAGCUUUAUCAGACAGCUCAACACUUAUGGCUUUAAGAAGAUUGACCCUGAACAAUGGGAAUUUUCCAAUGAUGAUUUUGUAAGAGGUCAACCAAAUCUUAUGAAGAAUAUUCAUAGGCGCAAACCGGUUCAUAGCCAUUCUUUGCAGACUCUACAUGGACAAGUGGCUAUUCCACUAACCGAGUCAGAACGGAAGAGUCUGAAAGAUGAGAUUGAAAAGCUUAAGCAUGAUAAACAACAACAGAUUCUGGAGUUACAGAGACAAGAACAAGAGUGGGAAAAUUUUAAGUUAAAAAUAGAUUGCACAAAGGAGCGUUUGGAAACAAUGGAAAAGAGGCAACAAAAUAUGAUUUCUUCUAUUUCUCAAGUGCUGCAUAAACCUGGAGCUGCAUUAAAUCUGUUGACACUGACAGAAAACAUGGAAAGAAAACGAAGGUUGCCAAAAGGCAGCAGUCACUUUACUGAUGAAGCUACUAGCAUUGAAGAUCCUAUGGAAAUAUCCCAAGUGUUACCUAGUGAAAAUGCAGAGAGUAGUGACUUCGUCACAUCAUGCAUAGAACGAAUGAAUCAGCUCGAGUCAACCCUGGUAUUUUGGGAAUAUAUUGCACAAGAUGUGAAUGAAACCCUUGUUCAAAGUCAUUCAAACUUGGAUGUUGAUGAAUCCACAAGUUGUCCAGACAGUCCAGCACUAUCUAGUGUGCAACUCGAUGAUGAAGUUCAGCCUAAGUCAUCCGGGAUAGACAUGAAUUCUGAGCCAGCUUUACCUUCUGAUACUGUUGCAUUGAAGGAACAACCUGUUGGAACUACCCCUGCAGCUACUGGUGUUAACGACAAAUUCUGGGAACAAUUCUUGACAGAGAAUCCUGGUUCAACAGAACUGCAAGAGGCACAAUCAGAAAGAAUGGAUUCGGACAACAGAAAGAAUGAAGGAAAGCCUAGUGCACAUGGCAAGUUUUGGUGGAACAUGAGGAAUGUAAAUAAUCUUCCAGAACAGAUGGGUCAUUCUUAGUUAAGCUGAUAAAACAUUGUGGAAAUUGAUUGUUCUUUCUAUCUUGUGAUGCUGAUGCCCCCAGAAUUAGAUGUAAUAAUUGUAGGUAAGCAUGAUACAAUCUGCUAUAGAUACAUGUUCAAUAUCUUAGGUUGGAUGUUUUGUCCAUUGUAGAACUUAGUAAAUUAUUAUUUUACUGCUUGCCAUUCUCUUCAAUUUCUACUAUGCCAAACCAGUACCAAAGCGUGAUUUGCAUUGCA